AUGCAAAAGCUUUCUCCGCUUUUCAGGAGAAAUCAUCUUUUCAAGCUCCUAGCUAGCUUCGGUAAGAGAUAUCUCUCGUUAACUAGUGAAACUUAUCCAGAGGUUAAAAGAUCCCCCAAUUUUAAGAAGUUAACGAAACAAGAUAUCACGUUCUUCCAAUCACUUCUUUCUAAACAAGAAAUCAUACAAGCAACUCCAACGGACUCUUUGACGACUUAUAAUGAAGAUUGGAUGAAGAAAUAUAAAGGAAACUCUCAAUUGGUCUUGAAACCUAAGACAGUCCCACAAAUCUCAGAAAUUCUAAAAUAUUGUCAAAAGGAGAAAUUAGCAGUGGUACCACAAGGUGGAAAUACAGGAUUGGUAGGUGGGUCCAUCCCAAUAUUUGAUGAAAUUAUCCUUUCCUUAUCCAAUUUGAAUAAAAUAAGGUCUUUCGACCUAGUUAGUGGCAUAUUGAAAUGUGAUGCAGGUUUAGUUUUAGAGUCUGCGAGUGACUUCGUUUCAGAAUAUGAUUAUCUCGUCCCUUUGGACUUAGGUGCUAAGGGAUCAUGCCAAAUGGGAGGAGUUGUUGCUACUAAUGCAGGUGGUUUAAGACUUUUAAAGUAUGGCUCUUUACAUGGUUCCGUAUUAGGCCUUGAAGUCGUCUUAGCCGAUGGCCGAAUAUUAAAUAGUUUAGACGCAGCACGGAAAGAUAACACUGGGUAUGAUUGGAAACAACUAUUUAUAGGUUCAGAAGGGACGUUAGGUAUUAUUACUGCUGUUUCUAUCUUGACAGUUCCAAAACCUAAGUGCAAUAAUGUUGCCUUCUUGGCUGUAAAUGAGUUUAAAGAUGUUUUAAAAGUUUUCAAGAGAGCAAAAAUGGAAUUGAAUGAAAUCUUAUCAGCAUUUGAGUUUAUGGAUAAUAAAUCACAGGUACUUACUCAAGAGUAUUUAAGCAAGGAUAUUGCCUUCCCAUUAGAGGGUAAUGAAUAUCCCUUCUAUAUUCUCAUCGAAACUUCAGGGUCCAAUAAAGAACAUGAUGAUUCCAAGUUAGAGACAUUUCUUGAAAAUGUCAUAUCUGAUGAGUUAGUAGUAGAUGGAACGAUGGCGCAAGACGAAUCAGAGCUACAAAAUUUAUGGAACUGGAGGGAGAUGAUUCCUGAAUCUACGCAAUUGAAUGGAGGAGUCUACAAAUAUGAUGUUUCAUUACCACUGGAACAUUUAUAUUCUCUUGUCGAGGCCACUAAUACGAGAUUAGCCGAUGCCGGACUAAUGAACACUAAAAAUAUGUUCGAUUCAACCAAGCCAGUACUAUCGGCAGUUGGAUUUGGGCACAUAGGGGAUGGUAAUUUACAUCUAAAUGUUUCUGUAAGGAACUACGAUAAAAAUAUCGAAAAGGUGCUAGAACCAUUCGUUUAUGAAUAUGUCUCUUCAAAGAAGGGUUCAAUUAGUGCAGAACAUGGACUAGGGUUCCAAAAGAAAAUUAUAUUUCAUAUUCAAAAAGCCAGGAAGAAUAAAAAUCUUAAGGGAUUUCAAAGUCUAUUUUGA